UUCAUUUGUCUAUCUACCAGAAUCUAAACCAACACAACCUGCUGCAUACCACAAGCAAAUAACACGUCCCAAAGGAAAAAGGGAAAAAGUUGAACUGAUCAGAAAAAUGGCUGCUUCUGUUUCAAUGGCUAUGCCAAUAACUUUUGCCGCCCGGAACAAGCUAAACCAGCCAAGCUCCGAGUCCUCCUUUAAGCCUUUACCUGCAAUAAUAUUGCCAUCAAAGAAGGCCGUGUCCGUGAAGCCAAAGGCCAAAGCAGGCAAGCUUGGAGCGCAGGCCUCUCUUAAGGAAAAGGCAGUGACCGGCCUAACAGCGAUUGCGUUGACAGCCGCGAUGGUGAUACCGGAGGUGGCUGAGGCGGCCGAUCCAGGCCUCACCCCAUCUCUCAAGAACUUCUUGCUCAGCAUUGUUUCCGGUGGAGUCGUGCUCUCUGCGAUUUUUGGAGCUGUUAUUGGUGUUUCCAACUUCGACCCCGUUAAGCGAACCUGAGUAUGGAAGCUUUAAUUUCUUCGCUACUCUUGACUUUGUUGUUUUUCGUUUUUAUGGGGUUUAUGUUAGCGUUAUGCAGAUCUUCUACUUAUUAAUAUUAUUGCCAUGAAACAUUUAUAUUUGGAAA